GAAUCAUCAGGAGUUUCAAUUCCUAAAUCUGUUAGGGAAAGGAGCAAAAGGAUCUGUUUAUCUAGCUAUGGCUAACAACACUGUCCCAACAGCAGUAAAGGUGUACCAUUCAGAAUAUUCCACAAAGCUCCAACAAGACAUUUUAAAUGAAUCAGGCAUUUUGUCAAUUCUGCAGGACACUGGUUUUGUGCCGCGGGUUUAUGGAUUACUUCCCGACCAAUCCGACUCAAGAAAACAUAUGCUGGUACAGGAGUUUUAUGGAAACGGCAGGACGCUUUGGUCAAUUCUUAAUGGGAGAGACCCAAAUGUUGUUAUUAACACUGAAAUCAAAAUCAAUAUUGCCUACCAGUUGGUAUUUGCACUCAAGGCCAUCCAUGACAAAGACGUCCUGCUGAAUGAUAUCAAAUCUAACAACGUCCUUGUCGACACCAGCACGCCUGACUUCAGAAUAAGAUACAUUGAUUUCGAUCUCGCCUCAUUUCGAGGCAGUUAUCAAUAUUCGAUCCAGGCAGGGAAUGCCUUUGCAGCCAUUUUUGGAGGGCAAACAUUUUCCUGGCUUGCCCCAGAAGUGAGAAUGGGUGGUCAGACCACACCUCAGUCAGACAUAUACAGUGCGGGAUAUUUGAUAUCCGAGUUGCAGUGCCCUGAACUGCAGGAAAUUGUUUUUCUAUGUACUCAAGAAAAACCUUACCACAGACCUGACCUCGGCGUAAUUUUAAAUAUGGCAGAAUUGAUAAUGAGCGUAAACUAGACAUGAACUGUAUGGAAGUGGCUUG